GCAGGGCCAAAAUGAAACAAGGCUGCGUCUUUGUUUGUUGACGUCAUUUGUGUGCGACACGAACAGGCCUCAGCGUAGUACAGUCCUGCGUACAGAAGCUGGAGAUGGGAGGACAGGCUAUGCUGGUAGCAUGGAUUCCUCUUCGUCACACAGCGGCGGCUCUGUCCACAGUGGGAAUCGUAAACAAAGUAUAAUCAACAUUUCCGACAGGAGCGGAGCAGAAGCUUGUCAUGACCUCAAAGCUGAGAAGGCUCUUGGAUACGGAGCCUCGCAGGGCAACAUGACUGUGACAUCCCUGAAAUCACGUCUGGCUCCAACCAUUCAGACUGCCAUGUCCGCUGCAGUGGACACUCUGCUGGGGGAGGUAGUCCUUGUGCUCAAUGAGACUCAGCAGGAGCUACUCCACAAGGAGCAGGAGAAUGAACGACUCAAAGUGAGACUUGAAGUGUCAGAGAGGGAGCUGAAAACUCUGCAGGAAUGUCUGUGCAGUGCACAGAAGCUCAUAGAUCAGCUGCAGAUCUCAUACUCGGGCCCUCAGUCGAUUGGUCAGUCAGUCUUUGCUCCGUCUCUGUCUUCCAUGGCAUCCCUGUCCUCAGGCCUGGAUCGAGACCAUCAAAACUCCCGGAAUGUGAAUGGAGCUGGUGUUGAUCUGGGUCUCAGCGGCUCUGUGGAUGAAUCUCUUCACGGCUUUGAGCCGCGAGACGAUUACAAAAUGUGCCAACUUUCAAUCCAACCAGAUGGCUCUGUGACGAACCACGCGCUGGACUCCUUUGCAUCCAACACGUCGCACAUGUGCUCCGAUUCCAGCAGACCAGAUGAGAGGCAGUCUCAGGGACCAGGUGGACCAUCCAGGUUUGAGAUCAAAGAGGAGCAGGGACAAGCUUCAGUCGCUGGUCAGCCCGGCAGGAAGGAGUCUGGGAUGCGUGAUGACAACCGAGUCGGGGAGGGAGAGCGAUCGUGUCACGGUGUGGGUGACCUUGGUUAUGUUCAAGUAGGGGAGGGAAGUUCUCAGCGUUCGUUUACUCACCCCUUACGGCACCAAAGGCCCGUACGAGAAUGUAGCGAUGCUUUGCAGCAGGCUGGACUCGAUAGACAGAAAGUGAUGGCUAGGACUUCUGCAUCUGGGAGAGGAAUCAGCGUUUCACCAGGCAGAGCAGAGGAGUCCGCAGGACCUUCAGCCUCUGACACAGCAGUGGAGCCCUCUAGUGAUCGACCGCACCACUGCUUGGAGUGUGGAAAGACUUUCCGCUUGAUUUCCAGCCUGAAGAAACACAUCCGCAUCCACACAGGAGAGAAGCCCUACCCGUGUGCAGUCUGUGGCCGCCGCUUCCGCGAGUCGGGAGCUCUUAAAACUCACUUGCGUAUACACACAGGUGAGAAGCCGUACUCGUGCUCCGAGUGUGGAAACAGUUUCCGCCAUUUGGACGGUUUGCGCAAACACCGGCGCACACACACCGGAGAGAAACCCUAUGUGUGUGCCAUCUGUGGGAAGCGCUUGAGCCGCCUGCAGCAUCUCAAACACCACCAGCUCAUCCACACUGGAGAGAGGCCAUGCUGCUGUCCCUUCUGCAACCGCAGCUUCAAAGAGCCCGCGGCUCUGCGGAAACACAUUCGCACCCACCGCGACGAAGGUGGCCACAUGGGAGUAGGUGCCAGUGACGACACGGACCCGGACGCCAUGGAUGAUAUCAACAACCUCCACCCAGCAGCUCCAUCCCCCCAGAUGAGGUUUGGCGAGUGGGUAGCAGAGGAAGACGACAGCUCAGUGGUGGACUGUGUGUAGGGAGGAUUUAAGCAGUCACUGUCAGUUGUCACUCUUACCAUAAGUUUAGAGCGAGAUGGAUAAGAUUAACUCUCGUCCAUGUUGGUAGAACAAAGAAUUAAGCCUGAUUUAUACCACGGAUUUGACAAAACUUAACAUGUUACACAAUGGUUUCAAAUUGCUCUGGUGAAAGGUUUCAUCUACAAGUAACCACAUGCCUUCAUCCGUUCUUUCAGUUGCACACUGUACACGUAUCAUCCCAAACGGUACUGUCAGCUUGUUUAUUUGUAUUCCUAUCUGUGUUAUUUUUCUCCUCGAUUUGAUAGUGGAUGGAUUUGAUUAAGUUGUUGAUAUAACUGAUGAGGAAGGGAUAUUGAGUAGUAUUGAACCGAGGAGCGCAAAAGGGAGAAGAUGUAUUGGUCUGGCAUUUGAGGAUGAAACGCCUAAAUGGAGACUUAAUCUAUCACACUGUGCAACAAGGUAUCAUGAUGUGUGCGUGGGACAAGAUGAGAGGAAAGUGUAGAGUGAGACCCUUUUUUCUGGCUAUUUCUGUCCUGUGAUGGAGUAUAAUUCAGGCUACUUAUAACUCUGGCCAUUGAGUUUUGUUUAUACCUGAAAUCUUCAUGUUUUCAUGUCAGCUGCAAGUUUUCUUUUCCAAGAAGCACUGAGCUGCUCAAAUAAAGUAAAAGGGAAUAGUGCUGGUUGAUCGUAAGUGUCGCAAGGCAUUUCUUUUUACCCAGUCAAAUUUUAAUCUGAUUUUGUGUGUUUGUGAUUGGACAUAAGCUGUUGGCCCUUGCAUUCAUAACUGUGCAUGAAUCUAACUUAAACACAGCCAAAGUUGACAGACACCCUCUAGUGGACAUUACCAUUUCACUCAGCCAGAGCAACAAAUUAAUAUUCAUCAGUUAGUUCUAUCUUUUUCAUUCUCAUGCUGACCAAGAAAGUUACGAUAUAACCAUAAUCCAACAUAAGUGGCUCCCAUGAUAUGAUAUGGACUUUAAAUUGUGUCCCAACUCUACCUCAGUAUCAUUAUCUAUGAUUAUUAGAACACAAAUUUUUACAGCACAGCUGUUACUGAUCACAUUAACGGUGGCUCUGUUCAGUUCAUGUAGGUGUGAUGGCGCAACAGCAUGCACCCUGCAACUGAGGAAGGUAAAUGGACCUCAGCUGUCAUUCAUUUCAUUAUUUACACCUGUGAUUUUCCCACUUUUUUUUUUUUUCCUGUCAAAAUGGCUGCUGUGCAAAGGAGCCAUUAAUUCCCAGUUGACCUAUUUGGUCAUAUUUUAUUUAAGCUCAUCCUCUUUGUUCCUGCUCUGUUUCACCUCCUCUCAGCAGAGCCUCACAGUCCUCGCGUUUCACCAAGCUGAAGUGUCACGUAUGACGAAAGUUUGAAGACGGUGUACUAGGGAGAGCGUGUUAUUCUACAGGGUUAUUUGAAAAAGAGAGGAGACGUGCAUUAGUUCACACAGCUGUUUAUCAUAUCUUAGCAUUCCCUCUUUUUUAUAUAUAUAUAUAUAUUCAAGCUGCUACUGAAUGUAGAAAGCCUCUUUUUCUGCAUUCGUAUCACUGUAACCAGCCAGUUAAAGACAAUGUCCAGCACACAAACUCCGGUGCUUGCAUGUGCAUAUUUGCAUAUUUGUUUCUCUGCUGGCAACUAUACCUCUUGGGUGUUUCUGUAAAUAAGAAUAUAGUCAAAGGCAUUUUACCUGGUUUAAUAAGGAUGGAAAAGUAGAUUUUUUUUUUUUAAAUGUAACGUGCUUUGUAACCAUCAGUGUGCGAACAAACUGUAAAUAUGGAAGUGUUACUAAAUUUCCUGCCCCGAUUUUCUCUAAUAUGAUAUGAAUGAUGCAUCAGGUUUAAUGAUAAAGCAUAAUUCUGCAGGUUAUUUACCAUGUAUACUACUAUACGGUUCUCUAAUGUACAUUUACAGUGUUAGUCAUUUCACAAGGCACACAAAAUAUUCAAUAGGUCACUGUGUACCCAACACAUGUUUUAGUUCCUACCUUUUUUUUGUGUGUCGCCAUACUGUAUAUGGGGGCUUUGCAUGUAUGUUUAAACAGAAAUGACAUGCUUCCUUAACAGGUCAUUAAAUGUGAAAUGAAUUACUUUUUAAAUGCCUCUCUUUCCAAAGUAUAUACCCAUAAAUCCAUCAAUUUCUUCCUGUUACCCUACUGUAACUGUUAUUAUAUUAAAGGGCCUUGUUUGUAUCUCUUA